GCCUUCUCUCCUGCCUUUUCCCCCCCUAACUGUCAAACGGAUCCCUCUUCCUCGUCUUCCUCAACCACCAAUGGCUUAGUUUCCGCCAUUUCCACCAUUUCCACCGUUCUCUUUCUCAUCUUCAUUCGCAUCCCUCUCCUCCAUCUCCGAUCUCUCGUAAUCCCUCAUUCUCUCUUCCUCAGAUGCCCCCAUUUCCCUUUCUCCACAUCGCAAAAUGUCAUCCUCUUCUUCUUAUUCUUCCUCUUCCUCUUCCUCUUUCCCCCCUUUUUCCUCUCCCUCAUCGCCGUCUCUUAACAGGAGCACCAGCAGCAUCCAGAAUUCGGAGGCCGAGAACCGUCUCCGUGAGGCGGAGGACCAGCUCCGGGAAGCUAUUGAGGAGCUUCAACGGCGGCAGCGGAAAGUAGCGGCAUGUGGAUCUCAUCAUCACCAGACCCGGGAGCAGCCCCCGCCUUGUGAACAUGCUGCUUACGAGUCCUCUUGUGUGGCUAAUGCCAUUGGUAACCUCUGUCAGACCUUCCUUCUCUCUUAUGGUGUUAGAGUUGGCAUUGGUAUACUUCUCCGUGCUUUCAAGCUCGCGCGGAGGCAGUCCUAUUCCUCUAUUCUUGAUCUCAAGCAACUUGUCUCAGAGAAAGACUUGAUAGUGAGAGAAGAGGCAUGUCGUGUUGGUUUGCUCUUUGGUGGUUUUACUGGGUCUUAUCAUGCCCUUAGAUGCUUGCUAAGAAAGUGUAGAAAGAAAGACACAUCGUUAAAUGUAAUUUUAGCAGGUUCAGUGGCUGGUCUGUCUGUUUUAGCAUUAGAUGGCUCAAAUCGGAGGCGUACUCUUGCUUUAUAUCUUAUGGCUAGACUUGCUCAGUGUGCCUAUAAUUCUGCAAAAUCCAAGAACAAAUUCCACUUCUGGGGAAGUCACUGGAGACAUGGUGAUUCUCUUCUUUUUGCCAUGGCAUGUGCACAGGUUAUGUAUUCCUUUGUAAUGCGUCCGGAGAGCUUGCCAAAAGCAUAUCGGGACUUCAUUCAGAAUACAGGGCCAGUAGCGGAACCAGUCUACAAGGCUGUACGAGAUAGUUGUAGAGGCCAUCCUGUGGAUGGUGCUUCACUUUCUUCUUACUUGUCAGAUAGGCAGAAAUCUGGCUAUGAAAAUCUAGAUGAAUUUCCCUCCAUUAUUCCAUGUAAUAUAAUCCAUCCGGACACGGAUUCGUGCAUGGCUCACAAUACGCAGGCAGCAUCAGCCACAUUCAAGAAGACAUUUCCUCUUUACUUCUCUUUGACAUUUGUACCAUUCGUUGUUUUGCACCUGCAGAAAUUCAUGGAUGCUCCCAGUCGUACCUGUUGGCUUGCAGUCAAAGGUGCAGUUCGCUCGACAAGUUUUUUGUCUGCCUUUGUUGGCAUUUUUCAGGCGGUCAUUUGUUUGCAUAGGAAAGUUGCAACCAAAGACCACAAACUCGUAUAUUGGGUUGCCGGUGGAAUAUCUGCCCUUUCAGUUCUUUUAGAGAAGAAGGGAAGACGAUCUGAACUAGCUCUCUAUGUUCUUCCGCGUGCAGCUGAUUCUUGGUGGUAUAUUUUGGUCAAACGCCACCUGGUUCCAAACAUAAAAAACGCUGAGGUCUUCCUGUUCUCAAUUUGUAUGGGAGGAAUCAUGUAUUACUUAGAAUAUGAGCCAGAUACCAUGGCUCCAUUCCUCCGAGGUCUGAUUCGUCGCUUCCUGGCAAGCAGAAUCAGCAAUUCUGGCAUAUCUUCCAGUCGAGAUGUUUCACACUCUUAUAUAAACACACUCGACACCAUGAAGAAACCAAAUGUGGAAGAUAGCGAGGAAGUCGAAGCUGCUCGGUCUCAGAAGUACAACCUUGAAUCGAUUCCAGGUUUAUAGAAUUGGAGCUACCAAAUGCAAGGUCAUGAGGUACACGCCUUCAACUUUCUUUUUAUUCAAAUUUCAUUGAGUUGGUUGAUUGAAGAAGUAACUAUUAGCCAACAAUCAAUUUUCUUCAUAUACAAAAGAGUGACAUUGAAUUUUGUGCUAUUUUGGUGUACUUUGUAUUAGCGCUGGAUGCUGUGAGAUCAAUAAGAGAGAAGGCAAUGUUAUGCACACAACAUUUAACA